CCGGCGGGAGGCUGCAGGCGCGCGGGGCAGGGAUCUAAGCCGCGCCGGGGCGGGUGCGUGCUUUUCCGCCUCCGACGUGUUUCCGGCCUUAAAGGCAUUUUGCCCUUCCCUUUAAGACGCGCCGCCCCCUCUCAGUCACUCCCAAGAUGGCGGACCUACUGGGCUCCAUCCUGAGCUCCAUGGAGAAGCCACCCAGCCUCGGUGACCAGGAGACUCGGCGCAAGGCCCGAGAGCAGGCAGCCCGCCUGAAGAAACUACAGGAACAAGAGAAACAGCAGAAAGUGGAGUUUCGUAAAAGGAUGGAGAAAGAGGUGUCCAGAUUUCAUCCAAGACAGUGGCAGAUCAAGAAAAAGUUUCAGCCGAUGAACAAGAUAGAGAGGAGCAUACUACACGAUGUGGUGGAAGUGGCUGGGCCUGACAUCCUUCUCCUUGGGGAAGAUGAUGAAUGUCGAUAUGUCAUGAUCUUCAAAAAGGAGUUUGCACCCUCAGAUGAAGAGCUGGACUCCUACCGUCGUGGCGAGGAGUGGGACCCCCAGAAGGCUGAGGAGAAAACGGAGGCUGAAGGUGAGUUACGCCUGGCAGAGCUGGCCCAGCGGCAGGAGGAGGAGGCAGCCCAGCAGGGACCUGUGGUGGUGAGCCCUGCCAGCGACUACAAGGACAAGUACAGCCACCUCAUUGGGAAGGGGGCAGCCAAGGAUGCGGCCCACAUGCUACAGGCCAACAAGACCUACGGCUGUGUGCCUGUGGCCAACAAGAGGGACACACGCUCCAUUGAAGAGGCCAUGAAUGAGAUCCGGCCAAGAAGCGGUCUGCGGCAGAGCGGGGAAGAGUUGCCACCUACCUCCUAGACACCCCAGCUCCCUGGGGCAGGGCAGAGGGCAGGGAAGGACGAGGCUGCUGCUAUUAGAACCCAUCCUGGAGCCCCACCUCUGAAGCACCUCCUAACAGCUGUCACUCAGGGCGGGAAAGAGGUGUUUGAUUUGUCACUGUUGGAGCUUGGAUGUCUCUGUGUGUGUGUAUGUGUGUGUGUGAAUGUACAGGUGGGUAUUUAAUCUGUAUUAUUCUCUGUUCUCCCUGGAAAUUUCUUUCCCAUGGGGCUGGGGUUACUUUACAUUAAAUAAACACUGUUUGACCCAA